CAAAUUAAAUACUAAACAAUCAUUAACGUUUAUAUUUUCUAAUAAUUUUGGGCGGGUUUCGAAUAACCACCGACUCACCGACUAAAUCCAAUCCCGGCACUCAUUGCUGCUUCACUUUUGACUCUUUGCUUCUCUUUUCCGUUUAUCUCUCCGCCCGUCGCCGCCGUACGCCGACUACCCUCAAAUUAGCCGCGAGAUCCGCAUUUUAUUUCAAACACAAAUAAUUUUCCCAUCGUUAAUUCAAAUCAGGAAAAUGAAAAAAGAUAAAGAAACGGCCGGUGGUGAUCUUAGAGAAGAAGACCCCUGCACUUUUCAUAAAGAGGAAGAAUACAGAGAUUUCGAUCUGGCACACGGCGAAUCAGACGCCCCUCUACCCCUCACCGUCACUUCAAGGGUGUUGUAUAUGUUAGGGGAUAUUACAGCAGGGCCCGCUUACAGGUUUGCGCAAUGGCUUGAGCUUGUCCGCAAACGCAGCAGCAAGUAUCGGGCCUCGGGUUUCCCUCACCGCCCUCACCACGCCGAGAGUAUGCUCUUGAGUCUGGAAGAAUAUAACGUGGACGUAAAAGCUACCCCGCCCGAGCAAGCUACUGAUAUCAGCUUAUGGGAGAGGCUCGGCAAAGCCGACAUGUUGGACAUUGAAUCGAACUCGUUCUCGUGGAACACGCUUUCUUCUCUUCACCACACGGAGCACGGCAGUAGUACUGACCAGUCUGAGGAUGACAUGAACAAACCACUCGAGGUGACUGUUAAUUCAGGUGGUGUUGUUUUCUUCGCUCUAUUUAGCCAACCAGAAAGUGACGAAUCUUGUCCUAAGGAAUCUGCUGCUGUGAUAAAAUUCUCGUCUUCAAGGAUGGCUACUCAGUCCGAACGGCUCGGCUAUGAAUUUGCCAAGUGGCUAGGUGUCCAAACUCCACAAGCUAGAGUCAUUCACAUAGCCAGUCCCGAGUGGCUGCAGAUCAAGGAAGCUGCAGAAACUGCAAAAGAAGCCGCUAUUACAGAAGGCGAUGAACUCGGUGAAAUAACAUGUUCGGAACUUCUAGAAGCUCUCGAGCUCAGCCGAUGCCUCCUAGUGAUGAAUUACGUGCACGGAUCUCCAUUAUUGGAAAGCUCGAACGCCUUCGAAUCGCGAGAAGUUGCGGAAAAGACAGCAGCGGCACUUGGCAGAAUCUUGAUGCUAGACCUCGUCAUAAGAAACGAAGACCGCCUCCCGUGCCGCCACCUCAGAUGGCGUGGCAAUUUCGCAAAUCUACUCUUGGCCGAAAAAGUAGCCAACUCGAAUAUCGACCCACUCGAAGUGGCCUUCGAUUCUGCAAUCAAUAGAUACAGACCGAAAGUAAUCCGUGCGCUUCAAAAGGAACGAAGAGCAAAUUCUGUAGACAGUAGACUAAGUCCUCCUCAACAAGGACUGGUCUCACAAAGUUCCGAUGUUUCCGAAAUUGCAGAUUCUCCCAAAUCGAGCAAUAUGAGUGUAAGGAGUCUCAACUUGAACGAGUCUGUGGGUCCCGAUAUACAUAUUGUGGCUAUAGAUUCAGGGGUGCCACGUAGACCGCCAGCUGGCAAACGAGCGAACGAUCAAGCGAAUUAUCCUAAGGUGGUUGAGCUACUCAUAAACAGUUCCGAAUAUGCGUCGCAGCUCUUGCAUGAAAUAACCGGAGGAAAAUUAGGGAAAUCGAAUGUCGAUGAUAUUCGAGAAGUUCGAGAAAAUGAAUUUACUUCGGCUGUGCACGCAUUUCGAAGCGGGUUUCGAGCGGCGCUCAGGGAUUUGCAGGCAUUUCAUAUUUUUCUUCUGACGCUCCACCAGAAACUGGACGUGCUUUUGAGGGCUUUUCUGACUAUCAUAAAUAAAUCCUCUUGUUCGGAUCUCGAGAAAGAGGAUCUCAUGGCUGUUGAUUCUCCCUCGCCCAAUAGGGAUCAUCGGCCCGUUAGUGAUGGUGCUUCGGAUUCAAAUGAUUCCGAUUUAGUGAGAACGGGUACAAGGGCAUUGAGGGAAAGUUCAGAUAGUUGCUCUCCGAUGUCGCGUGACAGCUGGCAUGGAAAGUACAGUAAAGGGAAUAGCGAAUCUUUACGUAGCUUGCGGUUAACUUCGAAGCUCCGCGACUUCCAUAGAUAUGCAAAGGUGGAUGCAGAUUCAAACAAAGAGUUAGAACAAUGGAACGAUAUGCUUAAAAACGACGCAAUAAAACUGUGUCAGGAAAAUAAUUUCACAACCGGCUUUUUCGAAGGUAGUGAUAGCAAUUACGUGGUCGAUGCUUACGAGUUGAAGGUCAGGCUAGAGCAUAUUCUCGAGAGAAUAGGAUUGAUUUCUGAUGCGGCAAAUACGGAGAAGCCUUCACCGAUAUCGAGCACUCUGUUCAUCGGUGGGGCCCUUGCCGCUAGUUCUGUAUACACUCUACAGCUUUUAGGAAUCACGCAUAUUUUAUGCCUGUGCUCGAAUGAAAUCGGACAGUCCGAUUCUCAGUUUCCUGAGUUAUUCGAAUACAAAAAUUUCUCAAUAUGCGACAAUGAAGACAGUAACAUAAGUGCUAUUUUCCAAGAAGCUCAUGACUUUAUCAAACAUGUGGAAGACAUUGGUGGGAAAGUUUUGGUUCAUUGCUUCGAAGGGAAGAGUCGGAGCGCGACAUUGGUUCUUGCUUAUUUGAUGCUCAGGAAAAACUACAGUCUAUUGCGAGCUUGGAACGCUCUGAAACAAGCUCACCGUAGGGCCCAGCCAAACGACGGAUUCGCAAGGAUCCUAUUGGAGUUGGAUCAAAAGCUGCACGGUAAAGUUUCGAUGGAAUGGCAACAGAGAAGACCCGUUAUGAAGGUAUGCCCGAUAUGCGGUAAGAACGCUGGAUUGAGCAGCAGCUCUUUGAAACUCCAUUUGCAGAAAGCUCACAAGAAGCUUUCUUCGGGCAGUGUCGAUAGUGCUAUGACUAUGGAGAUACAAAAGGCGUUGGAUGCGCUCAAAAUAAGUCGAGGUGGCAGUGUUAGUCCUACACAAAGGCAAUCUCAUUCUAUGAUUGAUGAGUAACUACUCGAUGCCGUUUUCUUUGUAUUUCAGUGGCAACGAAUCAUUUGCUCUUUUUUUCUUUUAUAUAAGUUCUGAUGGUAUAAAUACACAUGAAAUCCGAGAUACGUUUGAAUCACGACUCUUGCUAAGAGAAUUGGUACCUGGCCUCGAUGUGGUGAGGUUUACUUACCCAUUUGUAAUCGAAUUUGAUUGUUCAAAAGAAAUUUUUGUAAAUUGUUUCGGUUUGCGAAAAUCUGA